CGACGCGAGGAUUUUUAAGAGUGUAUAGAAGAAAGAAUCAUAUUGGCGGGUAGUUUUUGCUUUGAGUUUGAUGUAAUCAAGCGGAGCCAUUGAAGCCAGAUCCAGAGGGUAAAUAGACAAAAUGGUUGUCGUUUUCGAGGUCUCGAUUGACCCUCGUUGCAUGAUUGACACGGUGAAACAGCGAGAAAAUUGCUUCGUUGACGCCUUCUUCCCCAUCUUCUGUCGGCGGCCCUUGCUAUCCGACUUAACCAAGCCAAAUUCGGUGACGAGCCUCGAUUUUUACACGCUGUACCGACAGCACCGGCCGUACUAUUUCGCGGAAGCGAAAGACCAGACGAAACCCGAAGCCGAACGAGAAAUCGCCGAACGGGUCUAUGUGGCGGGGGACCAUUUGGUCCCGUAUAUGAAGAAGGUUUUGGUGGAACGAGACGACGAACUCGAUCUGGGCUUGCUCUCCUGCCCGAACCAGGUUGCGGACUUCACGCCGGAGCUCGUGGUGCAUUGCUACCAAUGUGAAAAAGGAAAUCCCGACCCGCUCUUCCUCGAUUUUAACACGAGUGGAGAACAGAACGACGAAAUCACGCUGCCGCCCUUGCGAUGCUGGCGGUUGCCGCACGAGUUUUUCGAGGGCGUUUGGGAGUCCUUGCAGUUUGGAGACGAUAGUUUUGUCGCUGGUGCUACUCAGAAGUCGAGGUCUGAUGUUCUUGGGGGUCCGCAAGAACUACAGCGAGGGCCCCCAAGUCCACCGAGCAAUAAGCUCGACGCGUUGAAGCACGAGCUGCUGGAAGCGCUCUAUUGCGCGAUGUCUUUGUCCCAGAAGAAGAUCGACCCGAACUUGGUCCCGCAGAACAAAGUGUUUCUCUUCCACGGCCCACCGGGCACGGGCAAAACUUCCCUCUGUAAGGCGUUGGCGCAGAAGCUCGCAAUACGGAGCGAGAAGCUCGGGUUUAAAUCCGCGCAACUAAUCGAGGUGGACGCGCACUCUCUGAUGAGCAAGUGGUUUUCCGAAUCCGGAAAAAUUGUCACCCGGCUGUUCGAAGCCAUCGUGAAUUUCGCCGGACAGGAAAGCCAGAAAAAAACCGCAUUUUUCAUCCUACUAGACGAAGUGGAGUCCUUGUGUAUCAGUCGGACGAAAACUUUGGGGGCGUCGGAGCCGACCGACGGCAUGCGGGCCGUGAACGCGGUGCUGACGCAGCUCGACCGGGCGCGGCGGUUCCACAACAUUUUUGUUUUGGCGACGUCCAAUGUGAUAUGAGAUUGCACAACUCGUCCUCCUCCCCCUCAUUUGUAUGGUAUGAGCAGCAAUACAGACACAAGCUCAAAUGGAGCCUGCGCAUGACAAAUCUAAAACGGAUUGUAGUGCUGUUUGUGGUUCCAAAAUUUGUCAUGCGAACUGUACUUACAGAUUGAUACAGACAAGAUGUGGAUUUGGCUUUUUGCAUCACAAAUGAGGGGGAGGGGGAGUUGUGCACUCUUAUUUGUGAAGGAAGUUCUGGACCCGGCGUUUCUCGACCGGUGUGACUAUAUCAAAGAGAUCCCGCCCCCGAGUUUACGGGCGUGUUUGAAAAUUGUGAUAUGACAGUGCACAACUACCCCUCCCCUCAUUUGUCAUGCAAAAUACCCAAUCCACCCUUUGGCUCUUGGCACUGUUGGCAUGACAGCUUUCGGAUGCCAAAACAGCGCUACAAUCCUCUAGGAACUUGCCAUGCAGAAGCUGCAUCUUCGGCAGCGCUUGUGUUGCUGUUCAUGCAACUACACAAAUGAGGGGGAGGGGGGGUUGUUCACUCUCAUACGUGACCAACGGUGUGCAGGAAUUGAGGCAGAAAGGUGUGAUCAUCGACGCUGUGAAGCCGCGUCGAGGGCCGAACGGGGAAGAAGAUAGGACCACGCCGAAAGAGAAGCAGAAACAUGUUGGUAUAUUGAACCGAAACCUGCUGGAAUGAACAAUCAUUUAGAAGCUCCAUCACCUUUAGAGGAUGUUGGCACGUCGGCACUUGAUCUCUUGCAAAACGAGUUGCACAACGGGUAAAGCGUCGUGAGCUAAACAGAUUUAACUCGAUACUACUACAGGUAGGAAGCCACUCCCGGAGCUGAUAACAAGCCAGGUUUUGGCCGCGCUCCGCCCAUUUUUCGGCGCCGAUGUAGAAGUGCAAUACCUGUUACAAGAAGUACAAAAUGAAAGCACGACGAUAGCGCGAAAGACUUCUUCGAAAGCCCAAGAAAAAGAACUCGACAGCAGUGAAGCUGUAACCGGUUGUGCAUCUGCAAAAGGAGAUGUAGCAGCUGCAAUCGUGUCUCAUGGUUCGGGUCAAGAUAAAUCUGGGAUGACGAGCGAAAAGAAUACGACCGCUGCAGCCCCGACAACACGAACCACGACAACCGGAACUUCUGCUGAAGAACUACCCGAGGCGGCAGCAACAGGAUCUAGUUCUGGACCCAUUUUCGCGGGCGGUGGUCUUCUGUUUCAACGUCUAAGUGUAAGUGCUGUGCCGGCAGCGUCAACACCUCUUCUUCCGGCCCCGACCUCUUCUUCCACCUCUUCACCCUCAACCCCCUCGUCAACAGAAACUGAAACCAAACUCUCAGACCGUUGGGUACUUUCCCCGAAACAACUUCUCUUCUCCCCACGACCAAAUCAUGUUCUAGAAAAUUUGAAGGAUACGCCCGCAGCCAAGACCGUGAACAACUUGCUCUCACCGAUUUCCACGAAAUUAAAAUCGCACGUCGCCAACAUGCUGGACGCGCAGAAGAGAAAAAUGGUGGACUUUGUGGUAGCAAAGACUGGCGUUGACGCAGAGGAAUUGGGCUUGCUGUGGAAAGAACAGACAAGGGGUAAGAAGAACGAAGGGAAUGAACUUCUAGCCUCUUCUAGUUGUACUUCUUUCGCGAUGAAAAGCAGCGGAUUGGUGUCGUAUCAGCAACAGAAACAGCAUCUGCAAUCCGAGUCGCGUCGCUUAUCUACUUCCAGCGCGACGACUCCUAAUGUUCUUUGUGCCACCCGGUGCAAGGAGUUGUCCGCCCGGAGGCUGACGAAGUUGCUGAGCAAGGCGUACACGGAGGCAAAACCGAAAAUUGCCGAGGAUCGGAAAGUGGAGUUUGCAGUGUACAUAAAUUCGCUUGUGAAGGUGCUGCACCGGUUUUACGAGGAAAAAGUGCUCAAUGUUGCGGAGAUGGGCGGCGGCGGAGGGAAGUGAAAUACGUGUGCGUGGUCUGCGUCCUCGUUGUGUACUAGAAAAGCAAAAAAAAUCUAGUGAAAAAAUAUACGGACAUAACAUAGCAACACUAUGAUACAUUGAAAGAGUUUUUCCCUCAUGUACUUCUCGAAUGUUGGUGCAGCCCCAUACAUAAAGACGAUUUAGAAAAGAACAUGACUAUGACCGAAGAUCAUCUUCGAAGGCGUUUUUCUUUUUGGCUAUCCUCCCGGAAGCAGUGAAUUAAAUCAGAAAACCAAGAAUCCAUGUUAAGCGAGUGCCGGC